CCGGAGGGACUGAGUUCUUCAGAUAGGCUCAGGAGAAACAGCAUGUGUGAGAGAAACGGUCCAUAGAUUGUAUUAUUAUUUUUUACAGCUGUAAACCAGGAGUUCUGCUGCAGGGACAUUGUGUAGAAGUUUCACCUCGUUAGUUUUGUACCCAGUCCUGAAGGAGAGCUUCUACGAUGACAGAAGACAAACCUUUGAAUGAGAACCAUGAAGUCGAAGCGCGCGAGGAGACCGAGCGCACGGUACCGGUCGAGGAGCCUGAAGUAAAACUCAACUCCGAGCACAACAGUUUGACCGACAUGACAGAGCCUGAGGUGAGAGAGAUGAACCUCGAGGAGAAGCGCCUGACCGAGCCGGAGGAAGUGCAGAAAGAGAACGGUGUAGACGUGGAGCUGCAUGGAGCCGCGGUGGUGAAAGAGCACGAGUAUGAGCACCCUGAAGGCGGCUGGGGCUGGGUGGUCAUGCUCGCCUCCAUGUGGUGCAACGGAGCGGUGUUUGGGAUCCAGAACGCCUUCGGGAUUCUAUUCGUAUAUCUACUUAAGGAAUUCGGUUCGGAGAACGAUGACGAUCUGCGCUUCAAGACAGCGUGGGUGGGCUCUCUGUCCAUGGGAAUGAUAUUUUUCUGCUCUCCAAUCGUCAGCGUGUUUACAGACGUAUUCGGCUGCAGGAUCACAGCGGUGACCGGCGCUGCUGUCGGCCUUGUUGGCCUCUUUGCCAGUUCGUUUGUCACGUCUCUGGGCACGCUGUACUUCACCUACGGUGUGGUGUUUGCAUGCGGCUGUUCCUUCGCUUACCAGCCGAGUCUCGUCAUCCUCGGGCAUUACUUUAAGAAGCGUUUGGGUUUGGUAAACGGCGUGGUGACGGCAGGGAGCAGCAUCUUCACCGUGUCUCUGCCACCGCUGCUCUCGUCCCUGCUGCGCCACCUCGGCCUGCAAAACACCCUGCGCAUCCUUUCCAUCCUCAUGUUCAUCCUUGUCCUUGCCGGCUUCACCUAUAAGCCCCGCCUCCCGCAGAGGGCGGAGUCCAAGAAGUCCUCAUUUAAGAGGAUCUGUAACGUGCGGAUCUGGAGGAGUCUGAGUUACCGGAUCUGGGCUUUCGGAAUUCCAGCAGCGCUCUACGGAUACUUUGUCCCCUACGUCCACCUGAUGAAACAUGUGGAGGAACGUUUCGGUGCCGAUGCGAAUAAGGAGGUGUUAUUGAUGUGUCUUGGGAUUACGUCCGGUGUGGGACGUCUCAUCUUCGGCCGUGUGGCUGACUACGUCCCUGGAGUGUACAAAGUGUUCCUGCAGGUGGCGUCGUUCCUGGUGAUCGGCGUGAUGUCCAUGCUGAUCCCGGUGUGUAACGUGUUCGGAGGUCUGAUCGCUGUGUGUUUACUCAUGGGGCUGUUUGACGGAUGUUUUAUCUGCAUCAUGGCUCCCAUCGCCUUCGAGCUUGUGGGUGCUGAGAACGUCUCUCAGGCCAUCGGCUUCCUGCUGGGCAUGAUGUCUGUGCCCAUGACUGUGGGUCCCCCUAUUGCAGGGUUCAUCCGUGAUCGCCUGGACAGUUAUGACGUGGCGUUCUACCUGGCGGGGAUUCCUCCUCUGAUUGGUGGAGCCGUGCUGUGUCUGAUCCCAUGGGUGGAGCAGAGGAAGAGGAGGAGGGAGAGGAAAAAGAAAUGCAAUGGCACCAAGGAAUAGAGCACACUCUCACACGCACACUCACACGCACACUCUCACACGCACACUCACACACACACACACACUC